GAAAGCAGGUUUUUGAUAUCGUUAUGCAUUAUCUGAACUUAAAAGAGCCCUAAAUUGUAUUUGUAAGGUGAAAUGUAACACUCUGAAUGAUAUAUUUACUGCUGUCAUGCAUGUAGCAGCUCCGCAUUGGUGAGCCAGUGUAUGGAUUGUUUGUGCCCAACAUAAAAAUGGAUUGUAGAAUCGUGGUCACUUCCGUCACGUGUCCCAGCAUUGUAGGCAAGUACGUCAUCCAGCUGUUGGAAAGGGCGGAAGUCAGUAGUGGUGCAGGCCUGUUCUCCUAUUCAGCGGUACCGCUCUGUGUGCGUUCCGGCCAUGGCUGCCUGCUCGGUUACCGAUCUGUUUUCGGGGCCGGAGUUACUCGAGGACCCGGCUCACGCUUCUGCCCUCUUGGCUCAGCUGAAAUCAUUUUACGACGCUCGAUUGUUGUGCGAUGUGACUAUCCGAGUGCUGGGUGGCAGAGGCCCCGACGAGCUUGCUGGAGGAGGCGAUAUGGAGAGCGGCCGCAGCUUUAGCUGCAAUCGUAACAUCCUGUCCGCGGCCUGCCCCUACUUCAAAAGCAUGUUCACAGGAGGGCUGUACGAGAGCAAGCAGCAGCAGGUCACUCUGCACGAUAUGGACCCGGAGUCCAUGGCUCUCAUUAUAGAUUACUGUUACACGGGCAGGGUGACCGUGACUGAAGCCAACGUGCAGCGUCUGUAUGCGGCCGCCGAUAUGCUGCAGCUGGAGUAUGUGCGACAGGCCUGUGCUGGCUACUUGGCCCGGCGCCUCGAUCUGCAUAACUGUGCCAGUAUCCUUCGCUUUGCCGAUGCCUUUGACCACCCCGAGCUGAGAUCCCGCUCCCUUGCCUUCAUGUCUCGCCACUUUGAGCAGCUGGCAGUUGGAGACGAGCUGUGCGAGCUGAGCUUGGCCCAGCUGAAAGAGGUACUGACCAUGGACAAUUUGGAUGUGGAUAGUGAGAGGGUGGUGUGUAGUGCGGCCCUGCGUUGGCUUGAGGCCAGCCCAAAGGAAAGGGCAUCCAUGUGCCAGGACGUUCUGCGCUGUGUGCGAUGGCAGCACUUUACAGACAAGGACCGUGUGUAUCUGGAGGGCCUGAGGUCUAAAUCAUUUGUGCGCAAACACUGCCAUCAGUAUUUGGAUGCUGUCCUGCAGGAUAAAGAUGGGAAAGCCUCUUCUGUCGGGUUGCCAUGCCAGGAAGGAAGUCCGCUCAGAAGGAUCGGUAUGCUUGCCAAGGAGAUGGUUAUAUUCUUUGGCCAUCGCAAGGAGCCUUUUUUAUGUUAUGACCCCUACUCAGGUGAUAUUUACACAAUGCCAUCUCCGCUGACCAACUUAGCGCUUGGAAAAGCCAUGACAUCCUCUGCUGUUUGUGUGUCCCCUGAAAAUGACUUGUACUUGGCCACCCAACCCAUGAAGCAGCUGUGGAUGUAUAGCCCUGUUCAGAACAACUGGCAGCUACUGGCAGAAAGACUCAUCUGCAGAGAAGGUAUGGACGUGGCCUACCUGAACGGAUAUGUUUAUAUUGUGGGUGGUCGUGAUCCAUCCACGGGUGCCAAGAUUAAGGAUGUGGAGUGCUACAGCGUGCAAAGGAAUCAGUGGUCUCUAGUGGCCCCUUUGCCACAUUCGUUUUACUCAUUUGAGCUUGUGACUGUCAACGACUACUUGUAUGCGGUCAGUAACAAAAGGAUGCUGUGCUAUGACCCUGCCUGCAACCAGUGGCUUAACUGUGCCUCCCUAAAGCGCUGUGAUUUCCAGGAAGCUUGUGUCUUUAAUGAUGAAAUUUACUGCAUUUGUGACAUCCCCGUGGUAAAGGUGUACAAUCCCGCCAGAGGGGAGUGGAGGAGAAUAUGUGAAAUCCCAGCUGAGGGCAAUACAAAUAACUAUCAAAUUGUACGGCAUGGUUCCAAACUCCUCCUAAUCACAUGCACCACAGUGCAGUGGAAGAAGAACCGUGUAACUGUGCAUGAGUAUGAUGUGACUAAUGACCGCUGGAUAAAUAUUGGCACUAUGCUGGGCCUUCUGCAUUAUGACUGUAGCUUCAUAUGCCUCUCUGCUCGGGUAUAUCCUUCCUGCUUGGAGCCAGGGCAGAGUUACAUAACGGAGGAGGAUGAUGUGCGCAGUGAGUCUAGCACUGACUGGAUGGAUGGCUUUAGUGAGAUAGACUCGGAAUCUGACAGCCUUAGCUCAUUUUCGGAAGAUGAAUGGCCUAGAGUGGCAGUAGCACGACAUCGGAUAUAUGUUGAGGGCGCCUUCUAAAGACUUCUUUCUGUCUGCCACAAACUUAUUUAUUAUAAGGUCUGUGAGCCAAAAUAUGAGAGUAAAAGAACAGUCUGUGCCUCAUAAUGAGGCAUGUGAUCUCAAGCAUAUUUUGCCAAAUCAGCAUCUGAAGGAAAUGUUUAACUUAGCAUAUGUAUCUGGGAAAGAAGGCUAGUUUCCUUUAUCGCCUUCCUUUCUAUUGCUGUUAGAUCCUAGUGUAAGAAUCGCCGUAGUAUUGCAUCGCUGCUUAUGUUGUCUGGCCAGAAGUCCAUAAAUACCAGUGGCGAUUUCUAAGUACUAUGCAGCAAAGGAAGGCGGGUAGUUUGCAAAUAAGCAGCAAUUUCUGAAAAAUCACUUUCUUAAAAGUUUAAUAUCAGACAUUUUCACAUUUUUUAUUUUGUAUUUUAGACAAUUAAAAUCACUCUUUUGAACACCAGCUGCCCCUAUUAAAAAUCUCUUGUAUAGUGUAGCAUGUGUAUUACAUUGUGAAUUAUUAAACAUUACUUAUUCAUAGAAGGUAUUUUAUAUACCCCAAAGAAUGACUGCUGUUGCACAUACUCCAAGUCAGCAAAUUGUGAGGUUCUUUAUUUGGCUCAGAGGGUUCUAAACUCUGGAUACAUGCAUAUCCUUUAUUUUAUUAAGGCAACAGUUUUCCAUUCCGAGCCGUAUGCUUUGGAAAUUUAAAACUAGCCAUUGCCAGUGUCUUCCCAUGAGCUAAAUAGGUCACCUUCGAUCUUUGUGAGGGGGUGUCUUUGUGUCUUUGGGUAGACUUUUUGGUUAGAAACCCGCCUUGAUGAGUCUGAGCUCUGCUGUGCCUUGGGAUUCAGGCUUGCAUUUCAGCAGGCAGUAGUAUUUAUUUUAAAUUUUCUGGUUGCACUCUACAGCUGUGCUGUAGAGUGCAACUGGAAAAGAGAGAUUUUUGUUUUAAUGGCAUGAGUAUCCUUUUAAAGGGGAUCUGUCACCCACACACAGAGAUGUAUAGCAAAAGUCCUUUGCAAAUUAAACAUGAGAACUAAAUUCUCUUUUUAUUAAAAACAAAUCCAUACCUAUUAUCCAUACCUAUUAUACAUGUAUUCAAAAAUCUCAGCUGUCGCUCAUAUUGCCUGCCUGGCCUCUAUGCCUCAGGUCAAUUACUUUCACUUUCUAUUCAAAACUUAGUAGAUGUCAAUGCACUCCUCACAUUCCCCUUCCCUCCUCACUCAUUCUGGUGCAUUCACAAGAUUUUGGGGUAAUACAAAACUUGCCUUAUCAGUGCCCACAAAAUGGUGCCUGCCUCCUUGAUGUGACUGUGAAUUCCAAGACUAAAGGACAUAAGAUUUAUAUAGUGUAAGUAAACUUUAUUUUGCUUAACUAACAUGCUAGAAAAAGAUUUUAAAUUAUUUGUUAGGGUGACAGGUCCCUUUAAAGGACAAGGAAAGUGUAAAUAAGAUAGCAAGUCCAGGGAAAGCCUUACCUCAUUUGCAGCCUGCCAGUGCCCCAGUUUAAAAGAUCCUGCUCUGUUGAUUUGCCAAACACUACAAGAAGCGAAAUAGCGCUACCCAUAAUCCAUAAUAGUUUUUUGAUAAGGCGCAUGCGCCUAUUGUCCUUCUUGUGAGCAUGCUUUCAUCCCCUGAAGCCGGCACACACAACUGAAAAUUUGCACAUGCGCAGAAGAAUGACAAGGACACACAGGGCAACGUAAUUACAAACAAAAUGGCAGACGCAAUCUCCUAAAGUAACUAUUACAUUAAAUGAUUGGUUAUUCUCUUUCAGGGCAGAUUUUUGAUAAAAAAAAGUUAACGAUUUCUUUUUCCUUUAAGGUUAAGAACCCAUGGAGCAGUUAAGUUGCCCGCGUUACAUCUCUGCUGUCUCUGGUGACAAACCUCUUUAAAAAGCCUUUCCACCAGCAGCAAUAUGAGUUGCUGGUGGAAAGCCUUUCGCGUUGUUUCAUUUUCUGAAGUCGCGCAGUUACCUGCAGGUGAAAACUUUGAGCGACUUCGGAUUACUGAAGCGACGUGAGGGGCUUUCCACUGAUGACUCUUAUUGUUGAAGGCAGAAAGCCUUUUUGAACCACUCAGUGGGUUCUUGCCCUUAAUGUCUUAGCUACUAUUUACCUUAUAAAGUGCAUCCUACUACAGUAACGGGUUUUAACAGCUGGACUGCAUGCCCCAGAACAGGCUAGAAAAUUCUCUGCACUCUAUAGUAUGUGGAGGUGCUCUUCUAGAGCAUAGCGACUACAUAUUACCAUAUCUAUAUAUAUAUGCCAAAUAUAUCUUUUGUACAGCCAUUAUUGUCAACAAGAUACCUUUGACACAUUUAAGUUGCAGUAAUAUUUCUAAGGCUGUGUUCUCAAGGGCACCAGUCCUACUCAUCUUCAGUGCUAAAGCUUUGUAUUAUUGCAGUUAUUUUUCUGCUUGUUUAGGAGGGGGUAUCAUCUUAACUUCAGUGUGUCAUUUAUAAACUCCUUACUUCUCUUCCUCUUGCCAAUCAAAAUUCAGUUACUUUUGAUUCUUAAAAAGUUGGUUGUUUUGCCACAGACGACAAAUCUCUGUUCCACAAAGUUGAAACUUAAUCAGAUUAUGGCUUCUGAAGGCACCUGGUGAUUGAAAUUCUUCUAGAAAUGUUUGUAUUCAUGGUGCAUUGUUUUCUCUUUUUCAAAAAAAUACUGCUUACUAUAAAGGUGAACUAAAGCUCAGUACAACAAACAUUUUUCUUUUCUGUUUGUAAAUGACUACUAAAAUUAGCAGCAAGACUUCCUGUUCAGACUACUGGUGUCUGACAACUGAAUAAAAUGCCUAUAAUUAUUACUAUAAGCUCAGCAGUGCCACAGCAUUAAAAUAGGUUACUGUUUCACAGGCAAAACAUAGACAGAAAUGCCCUGGAAGCUAAAUAAAGGGUAAACUGUGCAUUAUACAUGCCCUAAAGUAUUGUUUAAGUUUUAAAAAAAAUCAUAAUUUUGGUUUGUUUUGUUAACCUUAAUUUAUGUGCAAAUGUUUGUGCUGUGCUAAAGAAUGACCUUCCCUUUGGUUUUUCCCAAUAUAUAGCUUCUGUUUGUGGAUUUUGAAAAAUAAUUUGUUGAAGUCAGUCAGGAACAGAGUGGUAAACAUGAAACCCUCAAUGGAAGCUUGGUUUAUAUUGGAAAUUUUGUUCUAAUAAAUCAUUUUCCUUCA